GAGAGAGAGAGAAGGAGAGAGAGAGAGAGAGAGAGAGAGGGACUGAUGGUGGAUUUGAUGAAGACAGCAUCUCUGCUCGGGUGAAGCCGGUAAUUGCUGGAUUUCUGGAGGACUUCUGGAGGAUUUCUGGGUCAGACUGACGCGUGGCCGGUGAUUUGCCGUGUGCGCAGAGAGACGCGACGCGACGCGAUGCGCUGCGCCCCGGGAGCCGCCACCCUGCCGCAUCCUCUCUAGCGCUCCGACACCUCGCUUUGUCGGCGUCUCUCAUUUCACUCGAGGGGUCGAGGGAGGAAAACCAAAAUGUCUCUAAAAUCCAAGCAGUGCGAGUCGGUGAAGGUGGUGGUGCGCUGUCGCCCGCUGAGCCGCAAAGAAGAGGCGUCCGGUUAUGACAGCAUCGUGGAUAUGGACGUUAAAGUGGGCCAGGUGGCGCUGCGGAAUCCCCGAGCGGCUCCCGGAGAACCGGACAAGACGUUCACCUUCGACGCCGUGUACGACGGAGGAUCCAAGCAGAGCGACCUCUAUGAUGAGAGCGUGCGGCCGCUCGUGGACUCGGUGCUCCGCGGGUUUAACGGGACGGUGCUCGCGUACGGACAGACGGGCACCGGGAAGACCUACACGAUGCAGGGGGAAUGGACGGAGGCCGAGCGGCGCGGCAUCAUGCCCAGCUCCUUCGAGCACAUCUUCACGCACAUCUCCCGCUCUCAGAACCAGCAGUACCUGGUGAGAGCGUCAUACCUCGAGAUCUACCAGGAGGAGAUCCGAGACCUUCUGACCACCGAUCACAGCAAGCGCCUUGAGCUGAAGGAGAGCCCCGAGUCGGGUGUGUACGUCCGAGACCUUUCGUCCUUCGUGGCUAAGAACGUCAAGGAGAUGGAGCACGUGCUGAAUGCAGGUAACCGCACGCGGUCUGUAGGUGCGACGGACAUGAACGAGCGCAGCUCUCGGUCUCACGCCAUCUUUAGCGUCACUGUGGAGUGCAGUCGGCCUGGUCCGGAUGGCCGCAACCACAUCCGGGUGGGCAAGCUGAACCUCGUGGACCUGGCUGGGAGCGAGCGCCAGAGCAAGACGGGUGCACGUGGUGAGCGACUCAAGGAGGCCACAAAAAUCAACCUGUCACUCUCUGCACUGGGCAACGUCGUAUCGGCACUGGCUGAUGGCCGCGGUGCUCACGUGCCCUACCGUGACUCCAAGCUCACACGCCUGCUCCGGGACUCCCUCGGUGGAAACGCCAAGACCGUAAUGGUGGCCACGCUUGGCCCGGCGUCCUUCAACUACGAGGAGACUCUGACCACCCUGCGCUACGCCAACCGCGCCAAGAACAUCAAGAACGUCCCGCGUGUCAAUGAGGAUCCCAAGGACGCGCUGCUCCGGGAAUUCCAGAUGGAGAUCGCCAGGCUCAAGGCACAACUCCACCAACGUGGCAUGCUGAGUGCCAGGAGGAAGAGGAGGCUCAACAAAAGCACAGACCACGAGGUGAAUGAGGAUGAUGAUGAUGAAGAGGAUGAAGAGGAAGGCGAAGACGAUGGUGAUGAGGAGAAGUUGGAAAAGGAGGCACAGGAGUUCAUGAAGGAGCAGCAGGAGAAGCUGGAGCAAGAAAAAGAGGCCAUCAUGGACGAUAGGUCGCUGGUGGCUGAGGAGAAACAGAAGCUCCUGGAAGAGAAAGAAAGGAUGAUGGGAGAUCUGAAGAAGGAGCAGGAGGCCACUGCGCUCCUCACCGCCAAGUUCAAGGCAAUGGAGAGUAAGCUUCUGGUUGGGGGAAAGAACAUCAUUGAUCACACCAAUGAGCAACAGAAGAUGCUGGAACAGAAACGACAAGAGAUUGCAGAACAGACGCGUAAAGAGCGAGAGAUGCAGCAGCAGAUGUUAAUUCAGGAUGAGGAGACGGUGGAGCUGAGAGAAACGUUCACGUCUCUGCAACAGGAAGUGGAGGCAAAAACCAAAAAACUCAAAAAGCUGUACGCUAAGCUGCAGUCGGUGAAAGCCGAGAUUCAGGAUGUGAACGACGAACACGUCAGAACCAGACAGGAACUGGAGCAGACGCAGAAUGAGCUCACAAGAGAACUCAAGUUCAAGUACCUCAUCAUCGAGAACUUCAUCCCUCCGGAAGAGAAGAACAAGAUCAUGAACCGUCUUGUGUUUGAUGUCGACGAAGACCAGUGGAAAUUCCAACCUCUCGUUCCUGCUGAGAAUAAGUUUACUCAGAUGAAGAGGAGACCCGCCUCCGCCGUGGGCUACAAGCGGCCCAUCAGCCAAUAUGCCAGGGUUGCCAUAGCGAUGGGAGCCAAUUCCAGAUACAGGGCUGAAAACAUCAUGCUUCUGGAGCUGGAUAUGACUCCGCCCACUCUGUUUCAAAUGGACUUCCCAAGGGCGGGGUCAGAGACGGAGCCAAGCCGAGACGUGCAACUGGACAACGCAUCGUACAGGGAGAAAGUAGCAGCCAGUCGGGUCAAGAAAUCUCAGUCCUGGUGCCAGGCUGCACGGCCCAUGUCUUCCUCGAGCUCGGCGCUCUCCCUGUCAUCCUCAGGGUCCAACGGCCUGGCACACCCUGUCAGCGCCGCCAUGGCAACCGCCCACCAAUAAGAUGCCAAGGAGAACAUCUUUGUCCCUUCUUUGAUCCACCAAUGAGGGAUGAGUGACUCGUCCCACCUCCUUUUUGCAGCAUUAAAAUGGUGGCCUUGUUCAAGACGCUUAGACAGAGAAAGACAUGCUGUAGAGAGGAUGAAUUAUAGCACGAACUUGCAUCCUUCCUUUAUUUAUUCCUUCCUUAUUCCUUUUCUUAAAAUCUGAUCUCUCAAUUUCAGCCAUGACCAAAUGAGUUCUGGUUAAUAUAGAUUCAGUUUUGCAUUCACAUCCAUUCAUUAGAAACUGUUUCCACCAUGAAAUCUGUUAAAACAUCAGUUUUCGUUGCCUUUUUAAGCUUGAACAAGUUUCAAUAUGCUUACUACUGAAAAACAAAGGUCCUAUAAAUGGUCUUCAGCUGGAAAAUAACGCCUGGGAAAUAAUCCUAAAGCCAUCCUGGUCUACUGAAGAGGAAAUUAGAGGAACGCCACUUCCUGUGCGAUCUACUGUAUAGAAAAGAGCCGGAAAAGACAGACAGAUGGAUGAAGACGAGUGCAGACGUCUUUCUUUCGUUCUCCGAGCUCUGCUUGCAUGUUGUACUGUGUGUUUGUUUCAAUGUUUGUAAUUCUGAUCAGGGUUUAUGGAAAAGGGUCUGGAUUCCAUUGGCCGGAUCAAAAUGGCCAAUAAUGUGGGUGUGGUCUAUGUGCAGAAUUAGAAAUGGUAGAAUCGACACUGUUGUGUGGUCGUUUUGGCUGGUACCAAAAACAAAACUGAUUUUGUCGUAAUAUCACACAUAUACAAUAUUGGUGACGGUUCUGUAGCUUACAAUGAGAAAAGAUUUCCUAGCAAGCAUUCAUUCGAUUUUCAUUUUUACAUCCCAGUUAGCACAACCAGUUAAAUUAUUUUAGACUGUUAAUUACAAAAGAUUUUGCAUGAGCUAAGUUUCCAGUAAUGAGCAUAAUGCGAGAGAUAAAAUAACCUAAACGAUUUCAAUUUAACGAUUAAAAAGGUUUAGAUAAAGUUUACGUAAAGUUGACAAAGUAUACCUAUGGCUUACGUAAGUUUUAGGUAUGCUUUAUGUAAGGUUCCUGUAAGGGUUGUGUAAGGUUUGUAGAAGGGCAUUUACGCAAGAUUUACGUACAGUUCACGUUAGUUUAUGUAAGAUUUACGUAAGGUUUACGUGAGGAUUAAGUCAGGUUUACCUAAGAUUUACGUACGGUUUACAGCAGGUUUACACAAACUUUAUGUAAGGUUUGUAUUUGGCUUCUAUUUGUAACUUAUGAAAAUUGCUUAAGGUUUACGUAAAGUUUACAUAAGCUUUAGGUAAGUUUUAUGUAAGGUUACGUAAGAAAUAUGUAAGCUUUACCUAAGGUUUACUUAAGAUUUACGCAUGCUUUACGUGAGGUUUAUGUAAGGUUUAAGUAAGGUCUAUGUCAGGUUUUCAUAAGCUUUAUCUAAGGCUUGUGUAAGGUUUCUGAAAAUUACUUAAGGUUUACAUAAAGUUUACCUAAGGUUUAUGUACAAUUUGCGUAGAGUUUACGUAAGCUUUAUAUAAGGUUAUCGUAAAGCUUAUGUAAGGUUUGUGUAAGGUUUACACAAGGGUAUGUAAUGUUUAUGCAAAGUUUCCACAAGGAUUAUUUUUUUACAUAGGUUUUACAUAGUUUUUUUUUUUUUUUUUUUUUACGUAAGGCUUUACAUAAUGAUGUCAUUUCCUGCAAAAAAUAUACUCACAUAAGGUUUGCAUAAAUUAAGAAAAUUUGCAUUCGAUAUAAUUCCACCAAGAAUUUCAUAUAUAUCGCAAAUUGUGUCCAUAUUUUUUUUGUUCGACUUUUCUAACUCUAACUUUUCCAUUGCAUACAUUCUUUUGGGAUAAAAAGGUUAAAUGUUUUUUUGGUCUUGUCCCUCUGUUGGAACCUUUCCGAAGAACCCUUAAGGAACCCGUAAAUGUCCUGAGGCUCGUGAUUAGAGAUCAGGCUGCAUGGUUUGGAGUGUUUGAAUGGUUGGCGUGAAGGCAAUAAAACAUUUAGAGUUUGUUUAUCAGGUUCAUUUGGAUUCAGAAUACAUGAAGGUUAUGGGACUCUGUUGGUUUAAAUAUCCUGUAUUUGCAAAAUGUGUCUUUCCACCAUUUUUAAUUCCAUUUUGCAGGUUUGCAUACGCUUUUAAGUUACUGUUCAUAUAUAAUAUAUGGAGAGGAGUGCAAGACUAAAGCCAAGUGCACACAUACUUGUAUACACGCACACAUACAUAAUUAGUUCUCACACUGGACUUUGCUUGGACACACCUAACCUAAAGCGUCCACGCCCACCUACCUGACUCUAACUGUAUAGAUGCAUAAGGACUGAAUAUUUGCGUGUGUUCAAAUCGUGACUGUACGAUGAAACUACUAAAUAAAAACGAGAAACCCUG